AUGGUGCUGGAAUUGCUGAAGAAUCUUCAGCAGUGUGCGGUUUACACAGAUACGCCCAACUUCGAGACGAACCGAAAGCUUUGGAAUGCCUAUGCGCAGAGCUGGGCGACGGAUGCUGAAUGGGUGCAGCGCAUGUCGAAGGACGUGUCCAAGCCGUCCGCUGAGCUGGCCUUUGUCGGCGACGAGUGGUCCGAUGCCGAGUCACUGACCGAGGUCCUCAAGGAGUGGCUCUUUCCGCACUUGGCCACCACCCAGACAGUGGCUGAGAUCGGCAGUGGCGGUGGCCGAGUGGCCGCUCAGGUGGCAGAGAAGGUUGGGCGCUUGGUUUGCUUUGACAUCAGUGAGACGAUGUUGAAGACUGCGCAGAAGAAGCUCCAGGAGAUGCAUGGAAACGUGGAUUUCCAUCUCCUGCAGGGCGAUGCGCCAUACCCUGCCCGAUUCCAUGAAACCUUCGAUGUGGUCUACUCCUUCGAUGUGUUCGUGCACAUGGAUUUACAUGAGAUGCGACACACGCUGACAUGCAUCCAGUCCAUUUUGCGGCCAGGUGGCCUCCUUUUUGUCUCCUUCGCCAACCUCUUGGCACCAGAGGGCUGGCGCCGUUUUGCACGGCAGAAGCACUACAGCGAGGUGCCUCUUGCAACGCACCGGCUUCCGCGUGCUGGCGAGCUCCACACCGCGGAGGGGGAACAUCUACCUCUGUCGGGAUCUGCUGGUCUUGGCGCGGAAGGAGUGACGCAGCGAGUGACGCAGCGGCGGAACAAUCGCGGCUUCGAUGUCCAGGAAGACUGGAGAAAAGGAAGCGGUGUGAAGGUGAUCCAGCCAGCCGUCCCGGUGCAAGAGCCGGUGAAACCCUUGGAGGAGCACAUCAGAUGGCUCGAAGAGCUGCGCGGCAAGUUGCAAGGAGAGCUGAAGACCCGGAGCGAGGAGGAAUGGGCGACGCAGGUGGACACUCCAAGUGUCCCCGAGCCCUUCCGCUCCCCAGCCCUUCUGUGA